CACACAAAUGAAUAAGUGGAAAAGAAUAACGAACACUCCCCCUCAAAAAAAAACAGGAAUCUAGACUACCUUGGUAUAUAAUAGAGGUAGUAUUUUAAUCACCAGAGAAUAAGGAGCUUAGAGGCGUUUUAGGAUGAAACACUGGGAAAGCCAACAGGAAGCACUUUCGUGAGACUCUUCUUAUAAACGUGAAGCUGGUGGAAAAGUAAAAUAUGACUACGCCUCAGACGUUUCUUUAGACCCGGUUCGGCUUCAGAUGUCUUGGCGCUCCCGGCCGCUAGGUGGCACCUGGAGGAGUGCAGGCGCCAUUGUGACGCAGGCGCAGUGCCCUUAGGUUUAGCCGUUCGCUCUACGUUCGCGCACACGUGUUCGCACACCGCCUUCGCCGGAGCGCUCCCCACGCGCCGUCACGGGCGCUCUCGUAAUCGCGCCGCACUCCUCUUUCUCUGGGAGCGACCGAGCUGAUCCCGAGCGACCCGAGAUGUCCGAGCUGCCGGCGGACUGCAGUGUCCCGCACGACGCGGAGGACGGGGACCGCGACGCCCCGCAGGCGGAGGUAGGCGGCGGGCCGCGAGAGCCGUUCCGGGCGCAGCCUGAGGAACCCGGGGAAGGUCCGAUGGCGGCGGCCAGGGCAGCUGGGGUGUCAGAGGUCGCCCGACUGUUGGCGGAGCUAGCGGAGGAAGAGCGUCGGGAGGGCAGGCCCGGGAACGGCCCAGGCCUGGCUGCGUCGCCUCAUCGCCUUCGUCGCCUGUUUAGCCUUUUUGAACUUAAUUACAGGCAUUUUCCCCGCCUCUAUCUGCCGCUCUCCCUGAUGCCUCUGGCCAGAAUGCAGGUGCUUGAACGCCGCAGGAGAUCUGUGGAAGCCCGCAGAGCCAGGGAAGCGGCGUUUGAUGCCGAGCAUCUGUGGAAUCCCCAGAGGCUGGCUUUUGGUAGUUUAACACAUACCAUAGCUCUGACUGCAUCUGAAGUGAUCGAUCCUCUGGUAGGACUUGGCUGUGAUAAGUUUAUCAACAGAGAAUAGUUUGGUGAUGAAACUGCUUGCAGAAGAACCUCUGUACUUAAGACAACUUUAUGCCAAUCCUGGAACUUGAUUUAAAAAAGGCAGUUGUAUGCGCGUAAGGCAGUGCACAGUUGAGAAAACAAAGAAGGAAGCUUCUUGUGAAAAACAUCAGAAAAGAAAAAAGCCGAAAGUGUUAGGACUCCUCUAUUGUUCUUUGGGUUGGUGACUGAUGGGGAUUCUUCUCCGUGCGUUUGGAAGUGUGUUUCAAAAUUGCUUCACUAAAAAGUGAAGAAUGGUUCUAUAAAAUUGAGACUUUCUAAAGAAAUGUUGCCAGUAAUAAAACUCAUAAUAAGGAAAGUAUCAAGUAGCAAUAGUAGGAAUAGGGAGUCAGCUGCGUUAUCGGACUGGAAGACAGGAGCAAACUUGAAAUUGUCAGAAAAUGUGCUGUCUUCGUGUCAGAUUGAACAGAAAUUUUUAGUGUAAAGAUAGAUUUUGUUUUCUGAGGCAUUUCCAAUGACAAACAGUAAAUGCUAUAUAACAAAAUAAAUCGUCUGAGAAUAUCUGAAAUUGCUGAUUCUUUUUUCUUUCAUUCAAUUUCUAAUUUAAACUUUUAUGGUAAAUCUAUUCACAAGCUCCCCCAAAUAUAAAAUAUGCAGUGAAAAGUCUUCCAUCCCUGUCCCUCCACCCAGGACUACUGCAGCCCCCAUCUGUGACCACUCCCUCUCCUGUCCUUCCGGUUUCCUCAGGUACACACAAGCAAAUACAAACCUGGGUUUAUUUUCUUCACAAAAGUUGACAUAUUAUACUUAUAUAUAUCAAUACUUUCCUGAGUAAGAACAUGGCUUGAAGAU